UCCUCGCCGGCCGAGCUGUUCCGGCUCCGUGUGCUGCCCGCGCUCUCGGACGCGGACUUCCGGCUGAACCCCGUGGUGAAGAGCGAGCCCGGCUACCGCCUCUUCAUGGUGCACCUGCUCCCGGGGCUCCGGCGGCUGGGUAGGGCCGGCUGCACGCGCCCUCGCGGGGCUGCCCGGCGCUGCACUCUGGACCUUCGGGAAAGGGAGGCUGAUUUCCUCUUCUCGCAGGGGAGCUGCCCGGGGAGGGGGCUGGGGGCAAGCUCCCGUGGGCCAACCCUAGCAUUUCGGAGCUUUGAAGGAAGAGGAUUGUGGUCGAGUGGAGUCUUCUCGGGCCCAGGGCACACACUGGACAGUUGAAAGUCUUGUUCUAGUCCUGCGGGUUUGAGGAUGCAAACCUGCGUGUCAGCCCACCGCUGGGGGUCCUCUCGAGUAUGUUCAGGGACACUUGUCAGGGGUGCUCAGUGCGGUUUGGGAACCUCACACAGCCCCCAGGACGUGCACUCAGAGGACACGAGGAGGCCUUGCACAUGUGCAAAUUUGCACGUUUUUCCUUUCCUGCUUCCAAGGGGCCUGAGGAGCGAGCCUGGUGUGGCCGCCCACCCUCUGGGAAUCCGCAUUCAGCAUCUCUGGGAAACCAGUUGUAGCCUCCAGAGCCCAGCCUUGCUUUACCUGCUUGCCCAGUCCUCUGGGGGAUGCAAUGGCAGGCUCAGCCCCCAGGGGACAGAAGUCCUUGGAGCAGGGGGUGGCAGUCCUGGUCACGCAUUGUGCGGCCAGACAGAUGACCGCCCUGUGAGGGAGAGUGAGCGGGAAGCAUCCCAGCUGCAUUUUGCUUCGGAGGAAUCGCUGGACUCAAAGCAGAGCUUCCCAACUGCUUUCAGAGUCGAAAGACCGCGCCACUCCAGAGCCACGUGCGCCGACCCCUCGGCCGGGAAGUGCUUGGUCAUGGACACGGACGACGAGGCGGUCCUGAACCUCAUUGCCGAGUGUGAGUGGGACCUGAGCAACCCUCCCGGGAGCAGGAGCUCCAGCCAGAAGGAGCGAGAGGUCAGCUUCCAGGGCUCCCAAGUGGAGUCGUGGCGUCCACUGAGCCCACUGUCGGCGCAGCACCAGUGUGGGGACUCCCGGAGGAAGGGCUGCGGGAAGACGAGCGGCGCCAGGGGCGUGUGUGCGGAGCUGCGGCUUCAGGACCCACGCUGCGGUGAGCCCCCUGCGCAGCCCUUCCCGCCUCGCCCCGACUCCGUGGACGACAAGGACCCAGCCCUUUCUCAAAAGUCAAGUUUGUCGACACAGAAGGUGUUAAAUCCAUUGCCUGCUGCCGAAAAGCACAGGAAGCGAAGAAUGCCUGGCGGGAGGUUCCAGGCACCUGCGGACCAGGAGUGUCUGAGCUGCCUGGAGGCACCCGACGGGCCCUCGAGCCCUGAGGAGAGUCUGAGCAGGAGGAAUGGUUCUGAGGCGUGGAGCGAGGGGACCUUCUCUCACCCAGUGGCGUUGGGGCCCGGGCAGCAGGGGCCCCCCAGCACAAGUGGCUCUGGAGAGGUGUGUCCUAGGCGGCACUUGGCCGCGCCGCCCGGGAAGAAGGCCACCCUGGAGGUACUGGCCCUGGAAGCCCUCCUCGACCUGGUGGACCGAUACUGGAGUGGCUGCAGGUCCCUGCACAGCAACAAGGUGUUCCUUGCUCAGGCAAGACACAUUUUGUCAUCUGUUCAAGAAUUCACAGCCACUCAGGACAGUUCCACAACUGUGAGUGAAGAGAUCAGCUACCUGACUCUGGAAAAUAAGUCCCUCUAUGGCCACCUGGCCGAGCUGCAGCAACAGCACAGCGUGAGGAUGCACGAGGUGGUGUCGGAGCUCGGCGACACUCGGAGGGAGAUGGACCACCUGAGGCAGCACCUGGACCGCGCACUGGAGGAGAGCAGCAGCCUGAAGUCGCUCUUGCGCAGCGUGAAGGAGGCGGCCAGAAGCGCCGACCCACCGGCCGCGCUGAGCGUGCAUAUCGCGGGGUUCUGCUCCUGGUGCCUGACUGACGUGGGGGCUCUGGGCGCCUCCCCCCGUGGGAUGCCUGUCAUCAGCCCUCAGGUGCCCUUUAGACUCUGGAGCGGUUUCAGCUUUCAAGAAGGGAGUGAGUGCCGCUGGACAUCACUGUUGUCUCCCUGCAGCGCUGCAGGCGGAUGUGAAGAGCCUGUCGGGGGAGGUGCUGGAGCUGAGGCAGCACCUGGAGCACGACGACAGGGUGCAGGAGCUCACGCAGCUGCUCCAGGAGAGCCACAGGUCCCUGGUCAGCACCAACGAGCGCCUCCUGCAGGAGCUGGGCCAGGUGCGGGCGCAGCACCGGGUGGAGGUGGAGCAGCUGCACUGGAGCUACAAGGAGCUCAAGAAGACCCUGGCCCUGUUCCCUGCCGGGGUCGCCAGCCCAGGCCGCCGCUAGCCCUGCGCCCCGCGCUGUGCCCGCGGUGUCUGAGCGCUUGGGGGUGUGUUCAGGGCCUGUGGCUCGGUGCUCUGAAGCACCCUAAGAAGACAGGCUUAAUCCAGGCCCUUCACGUUGAGACAAACAGAUCAGUCGUUUUUCAUCAUGCAGCUUGAGAUAAAAAAUGCUGUGUUUUUCUGCCUGAUGUGCAAGAGAGCCAUGUGGAUGAGAACAAAAGAGCUCAUAUGGAACAAGCAGUUUUGUUUAAUAAACUAACACGUCCUGAAAGGGCGGCUCCUUCA